UAUUUCUGCAUCGUAGCUUCGAAAAGAGUUCAUCAAUGGGUUGAAACUUUAAAGAGAGAAAGAGAAACAUAUAUAUAAUCAUUUACGAAGAAGAAUGGAGUCUUCUCUGUUUUUACAAUCUCCCUCUUCUUCUCUAUUCACUGCAAAGUUUAAUCGUCUUCCCUCUCCAAACCCCAAACUCUUCUCAACUUCAUUCUCCAUCAAAUCCUCCAUAGAGAAACCCAAACCAAAACCCAAAUCCGAUACCAACCCAUCGAAAUCCCAGUCAUUGGUCAGCCCCGAUUGGCUCACGUCACUCACUCGUACCAUUUCCUCGGGCCAGAACGACGAUUCGGGUAUACCAAUCGCGAGCGCGAAGCUCGACGGUCUCUUCUUACCACUCUACAAAUGGAUGAUCGUGUACGGUCCCAUUUACCGUCUCGCUGCUGGUCCUCGUAAUUUCGUGGUGGUGAGCGAUCCAGCGAUUGCGAAACACGUUCUGAGAAACUAUCCGAAAUACGCUAAAGGGUUAGUCGCUGAAGUCUCCGAGUUCCUUUUCGGGUCGGGUUUUGCAAUCGCCGAAGGACCUCUUUGGACGGCAAGGCGAAGAGCGGUGGUUCCCUCACUUCACAAGAGGUAUUUGUCUGUGAUUGUGGAGAGAGUGUUCUGCAAAUGUGCAGAGAGGCUUGUUGAGAAGCUGCAGCCUUAUGCACAGGACGGAAAAGCUGUGAACAUGGAAGAGAAGUUCUCUCAGUUAACUCUCGAUGUUAUUGGCUUAUCACUUUUUAACUACAACUUCGAUUCACUCACUACCGAUAGUCCUGUGAUCGAAGCUGUUUACACUGCUCUUAAAGAAGCUGAGCUUCGUUCUACUGAUAUUCUACCAUAUUGGAAGAUCGAUGCAUUGUGUAAGAUAGUUCCGAGACAAGUGAAGGCUGAAAAGGCUGUAACUUUGAUAAGGGAAACCGUUGAAGACCUCAUUGCUAAGUGCAAAGAAAUUGUCGAAAGAGAAGGCGAAAGAAUCAAUGAUGAAGAGUAUGUAAAUGAUGCUGACCCAAGUAUCUUGCGGUUCUUGCUCGCAAGCAGAGAAGAGGUGUCAAGUGUGCAGUUACGAGAUGAUCUUCUCUCAAUGCUUGUUGCAGGUCAUGAAACCACUGGAUCUGUCCUCACUUGGACCAUUUAUCUCCUAAGUAAGAAUCCAUCUGCAUUGGCGAAAGCACAAGAGGAAGUAGACAGAGUUUUAGCGGGGAGAAACCCGGCUUAUGAGGAUAUAAAGGAGUUGAAGUACAUCACUCGUUGUAUACUCCUGUCUUUUUUCUGGUAGGUCUUGAUAAGAAGAGCUCAAGUUCCCGACAUUCUUCCCGGGAACUACAAGGUUAAUUCCGGACAAGACAUUAUGAUUUCGGUCUAUAACGUCCAUCGUUCAUCCGCGGUAUGGGAAAAAGCUGAAGAAUUUCUGCCUGAACGAUUCGAGUUAGAAGGCGCAAUCCCCAACGAAACAAACACCGAUUUCAAAUUCAUACCGUUUAGUGGAGGGCCUAGAAAAUGUGUAGGCGAUCAGUUUGCAUUGAUGGAGGCAAUUGUGGCACUCGCGGUCUUUCUCCAGCGCCUAAACGUUGAGCUGGUUCCUGAUCAGACCAUUAGCAUGACCACUGGAGCAACCAUACACACCACCAAUGGAUUGUAUAUGAAGGUGAGCCGAAGGUGAGCCGAAGGUUAUCGAGCAAAAGACAGAUCUUUAGGGAGUUUGACGGCACAUCUACAUAUGAGGUAAUUGGUGUUAUUUGGUUAUAUUUUUUUUCUGCUUAUUUGGUUAUUUUGAUUUGCUUAUUACGUAUGAAUAAGAUGUAUAAAUGCUCUCUCUUUCUUAAUAGUUUCAUCGUGGAUAUGUCAAUUUGAGGGGAUAAAUUAUU